AUGCCUUCCGCCGUGGUCGUCCGGCGCGCGCGCUCCCGCUCCUCGCCGGGACGCUUCGACUCAACGCGCCGCACGCGUCCGCGGCUGGAGGAGGCUGCGCCGCGCACCGACAAGGACGCGGACACGUCAUCCACCCUCCCCGACGACAUGCUGCUCGAGGUCUUCAACCGCCUGCCGCCGCCUACAGGCAUCCUCCGCUGCGCAGCGGUGAGCCGGCGCUGGCGGCGCGUGGCCUCCCGCGCGGGCGCCGCCGCCCUCCCGGCCCCGCCGCGCCACUUCGGCUUCUUCCGCAACCACGGCCCGUCCGCGCUGCCCCCAUUCAUCCCCACCGCCGGCGUCGCCCUGGACCUCCGCUUCCUCCCGGUCUCCCCCACCUGCGGCGCCAUCCUCGUCGACACCCGCGGCCGCCGCCUCCUCCUGCGCGAGCUCGGCGCCGGGUCCGCCACCAGCCUCAAGCUCCUCGUCUGCGACCCGCCCCACAAAACCUUCGCGCGCCUGCCGCCCCUGCCCUCCGUCGGCCACAAGGUGUCCUGCUGCACUCUCAUCCCAGGCGAAGGCGCCGAGUUCCGCGUCGUCGUCGUGCUCUUCGGCGUCACCGCGCCCAACUUCUACGUGCUCAUCUACUCCUCGGCCUCCUCCGCCUGGGAGGCCGCCACGGGCGCGCUCAAGCGGCUCCUCGUCCCGCACCAAGGCCCGUCCGUCGUGGUCGGCGACACGGUCUACCGCCUGCAGUGCGACGACAAGUACAUCAUGGCCGUCAACACCACCAAGAUGACGCUCGCCGCGCUGCCGCUGCCCAACACCGGGAUGCUCCUCUACACCGGCAACAACUGGAUCGCCCAGUCAGACGACGGGCGACUCUGCUUCUUCGUCAUCCGGGAGCCGCUCAUUCUGGCGAAAUGGGUGAUGGACGCGCCGGGCAAGUGGACGCCGCAGGAGCCGGUGGCGCUGCGGCCGCUGAUGACCCCGGCCGCGGUCGGGGACCUCCACGGCAUGAAGCUCUCGGCCAAGAUCGCCGACCAGCUUCACGGCUGCAAGCUUGUCAGCUUCGCCGCGUUCUGCCAGGGCACCGCGACUCUCUUCUUCAUCAUGGCGGACACGGUGGUCUCGCUUGACCUCAAGACGCUGAAGAUGGAGAGGCUGUGGCUCAACGACGAUGAGUACCGCCCCCUUGGCGAUGUGUACCCGUUUGAGAUGGUGGCGUGGCCGCCGGCGAUCAAGGAGUUCGUCAAGGCUCCGGCGAUAAGCGAUUAA